AUGUGUGUGAGUGUGCCUCCGGCGCCGCGCCAGGUUUUUGCACGCUUGUUGAGCGUUUUCAGAGCCCUCCCACUGACACAUUGGUGCACGCGCGUGUCGCUUGUUGAGUGGUGA